AUGUGCAUUGAGGCCGGACGCUUUCUCUAGAGAGCUUAUCUUUUUUUUGCUUCAUGGGGUUACACAACAGGGGUAACCCAUCCCCUUUCCCUUAACCCCCCAAACCCCUGGUGGCAGCGGGAUUUGAUCCCAGGUCUCUACUUCGACGAGUCAGAGAACCUACCAACUGAGUCUAGAGUGCUUCUACAACUCGCAAGGAGAUCUCAACUCAACAAAACGACUGUAUCAAACACGUCGUGGAUCUUGAUCGACGCUGGUUUAAGUAUUCUAACAAUUGCAGCUACGCCGGUGAAGGAAGGUUGGGCUUAMCCGCUUAUGAUCUGCUUGUGAAUUGUGAUCGUAAGGGGUUCACUCUCGAACACGAUGAAUAUUUUGAGAUCAGCGGUUGGAGAAGAGCGGAUUGAGAUUGUCUAUUAAUUAUUCAAUAUUCUUCUUCAGAAUAGCGAUUAGAAACAACAAAAACAUGAAUAUUCCAUCUCGUUUUCGAUCUUUACACCUUCAAGCCAAUCUUUUCAAAAGAACCCUAGUUUCCACCAUUGAUGCAUCAACUAGCCCAUUAGGACUCGAUCCUACUCUCAAAAGCUUCAUUUCGAACAAGGAAGGGUUGAAUGUUAAUAUAUCCAGGCUCUCUGACCUCAUAAGCAAACAACACUGGCGUCACCUAAGUAGUAUAGUUAGAGAAACAUGCCCUGAAAGKUGUCUGCAAUUUCUGUUCAAAUCCAAUGCCGAUGGAGAAACUGUUCUUGGGUACUUUCGGUGGUCAGAGAGAGAAUUUGGGGUCUCCUACAGUCUUGACUUCUUUUGCAGGCUCUUGCAUUURUUGGCAUCUGAAAAGAGUUAUAGCAAAGUUAGGUCUCAGCUGGAUGAUUUUGUUAAGAGGAAAAGAGACUCAGUUUCGUCGAUUUUUCAUGCAAUUUCGAUUUCAAGUGAUGGGUUUCUCUCGAAUUCAAUGAUUAUAGCUGAUAUGUUAGUCCUGGCUUAUGUGAAGAAUUUGAAGCCUGAUUUCGCUCUUGAGGCAUUUGAACGAGCUGGCGAUUACGGGUUUAGGUUGUCAAUUUUGUCGUGUAAUCCCUUGCUGAAUGCUUUGGUUAAGGAAAAUAGGAUUGGAGCUAUGGAGAGUGUGUUCAAGGAAAUAUUAAGGAGGAGGAUUGAACCAAAUUGCAUUACAUUCAAUACAGUUAUUAAUGGUCUUUGUAAGGUUGGGAAGUUGCAGAAGGCAGGGGAUCUGCUGGAGGACAUGAAGUCCUGGGGCUGUUCACCUUCGGUGAUUACCUACAAUACCCUCAUUGAUGGAUACUGCAAGAUGGGUAGAGUAAGCAAGAUGUACAAAGCGGAUGCCCUUUUGAAAGAAAUGCUAUUGAAUAAAAUCCAACCCAAUUUGGUUACUUUCAACAUUCUCAUUGAUGGGUACUGUAAGGAUGAGAAUCUACCUGCUGCAAUGAAAUUGUUUGAGGAAAUGCAGAGACAGGAUCUGAAACCAAAUAUUAUCACCUACAAUUCUCUCAUCAAUAGCCUUUGCAACAAGGGUGAACUUAACCAAGCUCUUCACUUGUGGGAUGAAAUGUUGGGUUUGAGUGUGAAGCCAAAUAUAGUUACUUAUAAUGUGCUAAUCAAUGGUUUUUGUAAGAAAAGGAUGAUGAAGGAGGCUAAAGCAUUGUUGGAUGAUAUUGAAGAGAAAGGCCUGUUUCCAAGUAUUAUAACGUUUAACACUUUGAUUGAUGCGUACUGUAAGGCUGGGAAAAUGGAGGAAGCCAUUGCCUUGCGUCGAAUGAUGUUAGAGCGAGGGAUCCAAGCUGAAGUUUCGACCUACAACUGUUUGAUAUCUGGUUUCUGUAAAGAUGGAAACAUGGAAGGGGCUGGGAAGCUUCUAGAUGAGAUGAGGGACAAGGGUGUUAGAGUUGAUCUUGUAACUUAUAAUAUUCUUAUUAGUGCAUUAUGCAAGGAUGGGGAAUCAAAGAAAGCAGUUAAGCUCUUGAAUGAGAUGGUUGAAAUGGGUUUGAGCCCUAGCCAUGUUACAUACAAUACAUUGAUGGAUGGGUUUUGUAGUGAGGGAAACCUGAGGGCAGCAUUGAAUAUGAGGUCAAGAAUGGAGAAGGAAGGAAAGCGGGCCAAUGUUGUGACAUAUAAUGUGUUGAUCAGAGGCCUCUGUCAAAAAGGUAAGUUGGAAGAAGCAAAUGACCUUCUUAAUGAGAUGUUAGAGAAGGGCUUAAUCCCAAAUCGCAUAACUUAUGAGAUUGUUAGAGGGGAAAUGGUGGAUAGUGGUUUUGUCCCUGACAUAGAUGGCCAUCUAUGCAGUGGUGCACAACAGAAUUAGUAGAGACAUGAUUAAUACAAAGAUAUGGGGCUUUGUCUGAAAACAUUGAUUA